CGCGUUGUCAUAACAAAAAAAAAGACAUGUUAAAUUUUGUUACAGAAUAGAUAAUCCGAAAAAUUAACGACGUUUUAUCUGCGUAUGAUUCGCCAAGUUAUAAGUUUUAACAAGAUGUUUUUUCAUCUACAACAAAGUUUGAAAAAAAUUAACUUGAUUUUUUUUCCGAUCCGAAAACGAAAUUCAUGAGUAUCAAAUAUAGUUUUAAAAAUGGUACUGGGAACAAACGGAUCAAUAAUUAUAGGAGUUAUAAUUGGAACGUUGGUCUUAUUAGUUGUAGGAAUUUUAAUAUUUUAUGUUCGAAGGAGAAAAUCUAAAAAAGCUGCAAGUCCAAAAAGCUUUGUCGAAAUAGCGGUUAUUUCGCCAGCAGUUGAUGCUACAAAUACAAAUAAUGGCAAUACCAACGAUAAAACUAAUGACGUCACCGUUCAAUAUGACGACAGCUUUGGAAAAAAUAAUCCUUUUAUUGAAUCAGUCGACUUAAGUGUUGAAAUACAGAAGCAUUUUAAUACACUUCCAAGAUCUCCUGGUCGAAUUAGGGGAAAAUUUGAUAAUAUUUUUCAAACGGAAGCUUUAACUGCACACAAAGUAGAAUAAACUCCUUGUUUUUAAUUCGAAUUUAAGCAGAUAACGAAAAAAAAUAUUUAAAUGUAAAGAAUGCAAAUAAAACAAAUAGUAGAUAAAAAAAUAGAGCUAAAUAUUUAUGAUGCGAAGACCAGUAAUCUCUACUAUUGAUGGUCAAUCUCUAACAAUUUCUAUUAAAAUAAAAAGCGAUCAGUUUUAUUCAAAAAAAAACUAAAACGAGACCAUGAAGACAAAUUUAAAGACAAUUUAUUUUCAGUUAUCAGCAAUCAUUACAACGUAAAGAAGUAUCAACACUAAAAAUUAUCGAGACUUAAAAAAGUAAUACUACAAGUUAUCGAGACAUAAAACGAGGAGAGAUGAAAAGCAAACUAUCGGAAAUUAUUUUGGAAAAAUAGACAAAUAAAAUUAAAACAUAGAUUUCUAGUUUAUGAAAUUCUUAUAAUAUUAUUAUUUUAAUUGUUAACAAUAAGCAGUUGCUUAAA